CCGGGGGCGUCUUUCAUCGCAGUCUUAGACUGCUCCUCCGCCGUCAUGGAGAACGUUCCCCCACUUGCUACUGCUGCUGAGCUGGAGAUACGAGCAGCCCGUGUUGCAGAUCCAGGAUGUGCCUUAAAGGACAAAGUAACCGCUGUAAAUGAACUACGCGAGCUGAUUGACAUUGUGCGCGACUCCGACGCCAAUCGUAUCCUGCCGAACAUGAUCACUGUCUUGCUCGAGGUCUUGCGUUCUGGAGAGCCGGCUUUCAAGAGGGAUACUUUCGAGUUCGCAUUGCGCCGAACCAUAGUGGAUAUUUUGCAUCGCGUCCCCUACCAUGAGACUGUCCGACCCCUCGCUUUGAAUCUCAUCAAUGGCUUGCUUCACGUGCUUCGGCACGACAAUGAGGAGAACGGGGUCCUCUCCUGCAAGACUAUCAUUGACCUGACGCGCUACUUCAGAAUCAUUAACGAAGAGACUGUGGCGGAGUUCAUGUCUGUCCUCACCGUCAGCUUCCAAAACAUGAAGGAUCUAGUGGUGGAACUGCUUUCCGAAGAGUCUGAGGCUGUGGACCCCAAUGUGGUGUUGCCGAGCACGAAGAGUUUCAGAGUUCUUUCUGAGAUGUGUAUGACCAUAGUGACUUUCUCCCAGAGCCAUCGCCCUUUACUCAACAAACAUGUUCCGGCUCUCCUGCCACUCAACUUCGAGGUGCUCACACUGGAGUCGCCUGCUCAGAAGGCGGCGAGGGAGAACUAUGAGGCCAUGGGAGGGUUCUGGACUGGCGUAGCACCUACUAUCAAGAAUGUCCAAGCGUAUGGCGAGUUUAUUCAUGCCCAGAUCAAAAUGAUAUCCUAUUCCGCCUACAUCCUGCGCGGCCUGGAGGAAUAUGAUAAGUACGGCAAUACAUUAGUCCUCACAGGCUUGCGCCUGUUCCAGGAUUGCCCUCCGAAUGCUGUUGGCUCUCGCAGGGAUCUCAUUAUCGUUAUGAGGCAUCUCCUGUCAACGACACCAUACAGAAGAGCCCUUCUUCCCCACGUUGACAAACUGUUUGACGAGGACGUUUUGUUGGGGAAGGGAGUGGGUGCCAGGGAGACGCUGCGUGCGUCAGUCUACGUCGCUCUAGCCGACUUCGUGCAUCAUCUUCGCCCGGAGUUGACAACGAACCAAAUGGCGAGGAUCGCCAAUGUCUAUGCGACACUAAUGCAUAACCAGUCUCUGAUGAGCAAUGUGCAUAUCAUGUUUGCAAAGGUCAUCAUCAACCUAGCAGACGGUAUUGUCCAGAAGGACAAUCGGCAGCUGGCAAAUAGGGCUCUGACUUCCUUGCUGGAGUCUUGCAUCGAACGGUUAGAAGCCAUGAAUACAGUACAGCACGAGGUUUCGCUUAAGCUAGAGAGUCAGAGGAAUGGCGAGCAGACUGUCAUGGACUAUGCUUCCAUGGAUAAGUCCCGUCCUGUCGCGGGUGCAAUGUAUGCCUUGGAGAAGCCUGAGGAAGUGCUCCACGAGGCUCGUCUUCUCUUUCGACCAUUGAUGCUGUGCUGCCGUGCAUGUUUACUCAACUUAAAGAGGACGGACGGACCGGUCCCGGACGGUAUCCUGAUAUCUCGCCUGUUCGAAGGCUGCAUCAAGGCCAUGAACCUAUACGAUGUGGAUCCAAGGGAAGGCAAUGAUGCUAUGGAAACCUUCGGUCAGACCCUUGUUGAGGUGAACCUCCAUGUCGUUCAGGAAGUCUGGACCCAGAAGAUGGGUUUCUUUUUCGACUCUGCUCAGCGUCGCCCGACGCUUCUGCAGAUAUGCCAGUCGUUGUUUGGCAAGGAACCGAUAUCUCCCACUUUGAUCGCCAUUGUUCUUCGCUUUUUGAUCGACAGGCUCUCUUUACUAGGAGACACUGACGAUCAAACCGCUGUCGUCACGAUUCGGCUCUACAAGAUGGCUUUCGCCGCCGUCGGGAUAUUCCCUCAGACGAAUGAGCCCAUCCUGGCGGCGCAUAUAGGGAAGCUCAUCAUGGCAUGUUUCCCGCUUGCGGCUAAGGCGACAAAGCCUGCAAACUACUACUUCCUUCUGCGCGCACUGUUUCGAGCCAUUGGGGGUGGCGGUGGCCGAUUCGAAUUACUAUACAAAGAGGUUCUCCCUCUUCUACCGGACUUGCUGGAGAGUCUGAACCGGCAACUGCAAGCGUCGCAGGGCUUGAAUCGCGACAUGAUCGUAGAGCUCUGUCUCAUUGUUCCUCUGCGCCUAACGCACCUCCUACCACAUCUAUCGUACCUCAUGCGACCGCUCGUGUAUGCUCUCCGUGGACCGCUCGAGUUGGCUUCUCAAGGACUGAGGACAUUGGAGUUAUGCAUCGACAACCUUACGCCGGACUUCCUGGAUCCUACCCUCAAUACCGUCCUCAGGGAGUUGACGGAGGCUCUACAUAGUCACCUGAAGCCGCUUCCUGCAAGCCACCACCAUUCCAGUUCCGCAGCACGUAUCCUAGGCAAGCUUGGGGGGCGGAAUCGCAGAUUGCUGAUGCGCGAGCCUGCUUUGAACUAUCACCCAUACUCCGAGCCAGCAACAUUUGCCCUAUCCUUCAGUGGAAGGGUCAAAGACAUCGAUCUUGUUCCCAUGUCUACACUGGCAUUACGUGUCUUGCGAGGGUCAGCUUCUUCGCUCCGCACCCAGGCCUAUAACUACCUUGAGAACUGCAUCACUAUCCUUGCGCAUGAUGGAGUUCAAGGCUAUACGAGACAGGAAGUAUUCAGUCAAUGUCUAGAGGGCGUUUUCGACGCGGUACACAUUCCGGAUAUCGCUUCCCAAGCCGAGGACUACAUCCACAAGAUUUCUCAGCUCGUCUUCCGCACGGAGACGCGAAAGUCAUUCACGAAGGAUAUGGGCGUUCGCCGUCAUCCCAGUCCUCUUCUAGCGUGCUAUUUGGAUGCACUCCCCCAUGCCCUAGCACGAGAUGAGCGAUCAGAGGCCCAGAAGGCGCAAGACCUCGUAUCGUCCAUAAUCAAGGGGCUUAUUGAACUUGGGAAUAGCAUCAUGGUCUCGCCGCAGGAUGUCAUUCCUACUCUGCAUCAGAUAGCUAGCCGCUUCAGCGGACUUUGCUUUGAGGAUACAUGGGUUCGGAAGAGUGCCGGUUGUGCAGGAAUCAAGAUCAUGACUUGCACUCCAGACGUCGGUGUGAAAUGGAUCACUGAUCGAGAAGUGGACCUUGUACGCACUCUGCUGCACGUUCUCAAAGAUCUUCCGUCCGACCUCCCUCGGGAUGUGGACGAAGUCCUGGAUGUAUUGAAACGCGUCCUACGUGUGAGCAACGCUGACUUACCACCCUCGACUGCUCAGGGCGCAGAUGAUGCGCUCAAUGUCCGAAACAAGAUCAGUAACUUGACGGGGAUCUUCUUCGCUGAGCUCUCCAGUCCCAGCGCUAUCGUGCGCGAAGCGGUCCAGGGGUGCAUCGAGCUGCUGGCGGAACUCAGCGGGAAGCCUGCCGUAGAACUUUUGUUGCCACACAGGGACCGUAUGUUGGCCACAAUCUACACCAAACCUCUUCGAGCUCUUCCGUUGCCUAUCCAAAUAGGAAUGGUUGAAGCUGUGAGAUACUGCAUCAGCUUGGAUCCGCCAUUGCCUGAGUUGAAUGAGGAGCUAUUGCGACUCUUGCAUGAGACGUUGGCGCUAGCAGACGCUGACGAUGCCAACUUACUCGGUCGUGGCAACCCUCGUCAAGGAGGCCUGGAUAUAAUCAAUCUCCGAGUAGCCGCAAUUAAGCUGUUGACAGCAUCCAUGCCCAUGACCGAUUUCUUCUCCAAGCAUACUGCGACACGGCAAAGGGUGACUACGGUCUACUUCAAGUCUUUGUACUCCUCUUCACCUGAAGUCAAAGAGGUGGCGCAUGAAGGCCUGAGAACAGUCCUUUCGCACCAAAGCAGGCUCCCCAAGGAGCUGUUGCAGACAGGUCUUCGGCCUAUCCUUAUGAACCUAGCGGACCCUAAACGUUUGUCCGUUCCUGGCCUCGAAGGUCUGGCCAGGCUUCUGGAGCUCCUGACGAACUACUUCAAGGUCGAGAUAGGGCACAAACUCCUGGAUCAUUUCAGAGUAGUGGCUGAUCCUCAGAUGUUGCAAGAGUCGUCGAGGCUGCCCUUGACAGAAAACGAGGGCAUCACGAAGCUUGUUCGACUCGCUAACAUAUUCCACCUCCUCCCAUCGGCUGCCAACAUAUUCCUGGACGCACUCGUUAAUGCCAUAGUGCAGACGGAAGCUCAGAUGCACUUCUCUGGCCAAUCCCCGUUCUCGGAGCCCCUUGCGAAGUAUCUUGAUAAGUAUCCUAUCGAUGCUGUGGACUUCUUCAUGCGCCACCUCCACUUCCCCCGGCAUAUGAGAACCCUGAGGACAAUACUUCAGGCCAAUCUUGCACCCAGUGUCCUUCGCGAGUUGGCUUCAAGGACGUCCACGCUAGUCACUAUGUGCUUCUAUGGUAAUGAUCAGAGCCUAAUCAUGCCUGGGCUAGAGAUUUGCUCCGACCUGAAUAAGUAUGUUCCCGACUGGCUGCAUCACAAUGGGUACGCUCUAGGAGCCCUGGUGAAGAUAUGGAAUCUCAGUCCAGGCACUGAACAGGCCGCCGUUGGGAUGGAUUUGACUCAGCGCUAUUCCUUGAUCCUGUCUAUCUUCGAAGAGGCCUUAAAGCAGUCGCCCCGGAUUGACAUCCUCUUCGAAAUUGUUGCAAUUUACACUCGCAGCGUACCGCUGGACUUGAUGAAGCUAUCACACUUCCUGUAUCGCCAUGUGGCUUCAAGGGAAUCUCUCGCGUACAAGCGCAAUAUUUUGACUCGUUUCCUUAUCUGGUUCAAGGACGAGAGUGUACCAUGGCCACGCAAAGCAUACUUCAUGCGCUCCAUCAUCACUCCCAUGCUCUUAAGACAAGCAUCCGGUACGAUACCCAAGGAGGGUCUCCUGGACGAAGAGAUCAUAGCUAAGGUUCAUGCAAGUAUAUGGCGUCCAAUGUUGGAUGAUGCCGCGUUGUCUGAGGCGGAUGGCAUGUUCAAAGUCGAGCUGUUGCACUUCACUACUGUCAUGGUCCAACAUUAUCACGACAUGCUUGAGCCUGUCAAGAAGGAAGUCAUCCGAUGCGCCUGGUUCUAUAUCAGCCACGAAGAUCCCGUGGUCAAGCAGACAGCGUAUCUAUUGGCCGCUAGGUUCUUCGAAGCGUUCGAUACACCACAGAAGUUCAUCCUUCGCGCCUGGACUGGAUUAUUGAAGCAACCCCACACUGAAGUACGAGCCACUAUUCGUCAAGCUUUGGAUAUUAUCGCCCCUGUGUUGUUACGGUCAGGCGCUCAAGAGCCAGGUAACCAGCCUACAUGGGCGAGAACGACUCGAAAAUUGCUCGCAGAAGAAGGCACCGGGUUGGCCCAGAUAAUGAUCGUAUACCAGGUUAUCGUGCGGCAGCCGCAACUGUUCUAUCAUGUCCGGGCCCUUUUCGUACCACACAUGGUAAACUGCCUCGCACGACUUGGCUUGUCUGUUUUGGCCCACAACGAGUCAAGGCUUCUUUCCAUUGACAUCCUCCAGGUUAUAUUCGAUUGGGACCAGAAGACUAUCUCAUCUGGCGUGGUUGAUGAAACUCCCGCAUCUGGGGACAACAGGCAGAAUGCGAAUUGGGUGACACCUAUGCCCUUCCGUGAGACCAUGGUGAGCUAUCUGGUACGUCUGGCGACCGCACCGCACGAGCCGCCCGCCAGAAAUAUCCUGGUCCCUCGGGCGUUAGCUCUUUUACGGACUAUGGUAGGGACUCCGGGGUGGAGUGAAGUCACCGUGAAAUUACACUAUUUCGCGAGAGCGCUGGAGCAGAAUGAACUCAACAAUGAAGCUACCCUCAGCCAAGCCAUCAGCUCGGCCAAGGUACUUCAAAUCGUAUCCGCGGAUAAAGGGGAUGCCUGGUACCAUGCCAACGCUGCUAUCUUGCAAAAACUCAUACGCAAGGGCCUCAUGUCCGAAGAUGCAGCGCUGCAUGAUGCCUUGCAUCCUGUUUUCGACCAUCUGAUUCGACUGUUCCCUCUUCCAAGUGAGGAUGAAGAGCAACAAAGUGAUAUGAGCGAAUUCCACCGCUUUGUCUAUUCAACAAUCGGAGAGGGAUUGCGAAAUGGGACUACUCUGCGAGGUGUCCUACUCAUGUUGAAGUCUGUUGUGCAGGCGAUACCCGAGAGGAUAAAGCCUUUCAGCCCGUCGAUUGCCAAACUCCUCCAGAAACUCUUCAAGGACCAUACCGCAUCAGCUCCUGGGACCCCGAAUUUCGAUAUGACGGUCCGCCUCACCAUCUGCUUGCUCGAUAUAUGCCAGCUAGGCAUCUUGUUCCUGGGUGAUGACCGCAGAGCUCUUUUGCAAGCUUUGGUACUUUUCGUUGACAAGUCCAAAAGUCCCGUCCUGUGCAAAUACCUGCUGGACCUGGCGCGCGAUUGGGCCAUCCAAAAGCGUGACGCUUUCCCUACUGUGAAAGAGAAGGCGGCGCUCCUGCAAAGAAUGGUCGCAUUUGAGACGCGCGGCGAAGCGCUGUUCAACAGCUAUCUCGAAUUGAUCCUGGACAUCUACACUGAUGCUUCUCUGCGUCGCAGCGAUCUUACUACAAGGCUAGAGCAGGCUUUCCUGACUGGUUGUCGCUGCCGCGAAGCUUCCCUACGCGAAAAGUUCAUGGACCUCCUGGAUAGUUCCAUUCCUCGAAAUUUGCCAGCUCGAUUGGCAUAUGUCCUGGGAGUCCAGAGUUGGGAGGCCCUAGCAGAAUAUAAUUGGAUCUACAUCGCUUUACACUUGUUACUGGGGACUGUGGAUGGCGAUCAUGACCUUAUCGACGAGCGUAAAGGGUCGUUAGACCCUGCCCUUUUCGCCGUCUUCGGGCGAAGAUGUGCUCAGGAAGUUGUCCGUCCUCUCCAGCGUCUGCUAUUCCUCGAUCACCAAGUCGCCCAUGACAUCUGGCUCACAAUAUUCCCCGCUGCCUGGGGAUGCUUAUCGCGACGAGAGCAGACAGACAUUACCCAGCACGUGAUGAUUCUGCUGAGCAGGGAAUAUCAUCUGAAACAAGCGGAGCUUCGACCGAAUGUUAUCCAGUCUCUGCUGGCAGGAGUGCAUGCGUGCAUACCUCCGAUCACGCUUCCGCCUCACUUGCUCAAGUACCUUGCCAAGAACUACGGGACCUGGCACGUGUCGCUCGAGCUGUUGGAGAGUUCAUUGGACCACUUGAGAGAGGACGAAAUUCCUGUUCGAGAUACAAUCUACGAUUCGCUUGCUGAAGUCUUUGCCGAGCUCUCGGAAGAUGAUCUGUUCUACGGUCUUUGGCGGAGGCGCAGCCUCCACAGUGAGACCAAUAUUGCGAUCGCUUUCGAGCAGAAUGGGAUGUGGGAGCAAGCUGCUGUUAUGUACGAGACAGCGCAGAGUAAAACGAGGUCGGGAGCGAUACCAUUUUCCGAACCCGAAUUCUGUCUUUGGGAAGAUCAUUGGAUGCUAGCUGCUGAGAAGCUACAACAAUGGGACAUUCUUUUCGAACUGGCCAGGAAUGAAGGGAAUGUUGAGCUGCAGCUGGAAAGUGCAUGGCGCAUUAAGAAUUGGGCUGAGGAACGAGCUUCCCUAGAAGAACUCGUCAACUCCCUCCCAGACAUUGGGACCCCUCGCCGUCGGGUCUUCGAAGCAUUUAUAGCCUUACUUAAACUUCCGGAGACGUACGGUGCCUCGGGACCGAAUGCCACAGCCCAGCAUGCUAUCAAUGCCGCGACACAGGAAGUAGCUGCGGAAGUCACCAAAAUAUUGGAGGACGCAACGCAACUAUCCCUCCGAAAGUGGAUUGCUCUACCUCCCUACUUGUCACCUGCACACGUGCCAUUACUCCAGCACUUCCAACAGUUCGUGGAACUUACAGAAGCGAUCCAAAUAUUCAACUCGUUAGCGUCCACGACCGCGUCGAAUCUUGAGAAGAAAUCCGCGGAACUCAAGAUUCCACUACAGGCUUGGCGUGAACGUCUUCCUGACCGCUGUGACGACAUCAGCCUCUGGAGUGACCUCGUAGCUUGGAGGCAGAAUGUUUUCCACGCCAUCAAUAAGCGAUACAUACCACUUAUUCCACAGAGCGGACCCAAUGCCAAUGGUGCUGCUGGGACUUCCAAUACAUUCGGCUAUCGAGGCUUCCAUGAGACGGCUUGGAUCAUAAACAGGUUUGCCCAUGUAGCGCGUAAACAUGACCUCCUGGAUGUCUGCUUCACUUACUUGAACAAGAUCUAUACCUUACCCAAUAUUGAAAUCUCCGAGGCAUUCCUCAAGCUUCGCGAACAGGCGCGCUGUCACUAUCAGAAGCCUAACGACUUGCAAGCAGGCUUGGAAGUUAUCAACAAUACAAAUUUGAUGUACUUCUCGAGUACGCAAAAGGCGGAGUUCUUCACCCUGAAGGGAAUGUUCCACGCUCGCGUUCAGCGCUACGAGGAUGCCAACCAUGCAUUCGGGUCUGCGGUACAGUUAGACAUGAAUCAAGCUAAAGCUUGGGCAGAGUGGGGCAAAUUUAACGACCGUAUGUUCAAAGAGAGGCCGAACGAUAUGACAUACGCUGCCCACGCUGUCAGCUGUUACCUGCAAGCUGCCGGCUUGCACAAGAACGGGAAAAGUCGGCCUCUACUGACUCGGGUCUUAUGGCUGCUCAGCGUUGAUGAUGGCCAAUUCACGAUUUCGCGCGCUUUCGACACCUAUAAAGGAGAUGCAGCGUUCUGGUAUUGGAUCACCUUAAUACCUCAACUAUGUUUGUCCAUAUCACAACGAGAAGUCAAGCAAGCUCGAUACCUGCUACUAAAUCUUGCGAAACUAUACCCUCAGGCCCUUUUCUUCCCUCUCCGGACUACGAAAGAGGACAUGGCAAUUGUCAAGAGACAAGCAGCCGCAGCCGCAGCCGCUCGAGCUUCCAGUGGCAGCAGCCAUGGAGCGCCCUCAGUUCAACAGGCGACGACCGCAGAUGUAGCCCGAAGGACUGAUGUAGAUCAUCCCAUGCGAGAUGCUACCAACGAAGUCAACGAGACGAAGAAGGAGAAUGACUCAGUCGGUCCGUCUCAGUCCCCAGCCCCUGUUGCACGCUCAGGCUCGGACGGCACUGUACCGGAUGUACAAAGACCUGCUCCGCCCAUCUCCGGGGCGCAAACAGGCAAUGACGCUUCCGCGUACCACCCAAUGCGACAGGCUUGGGAGUAUGUCGAAGAGGUUGUCAACAUCCUCAAGACAGCCUUCCCCCUUCUCAUACUCAGCUUGGAGACGUUGAUAGAUCAAAUCAACCAGCGGUUCAAAGCCACACCGGAAGAAGACAUCUAUAGAUUCGUAUGCAUGCUGCUGCUAGACGGUGUUAAUACGUAUCUCAGCAGGGUGCCAAUGGCGGAGGACGACGGACAAUUGCCCCCACAGACGCAGGCCAACCUCCAGCGUAUGGUCGGCAAUCUGACAGGCCCUGCUCGAAAAGAUUACGAAGAAGAUUUCCUCAAGUCAAAGCUGACGCAGCUGGAGUACAUUGGGAAACUACAACAGUGGCGAGAUAGAUAUGAGAAAUACCUUGACUCUCGACCCCGCGUUCAACCAUUGGACCUGCUCAGUCAUUAUUUGACGGAGUUCCAGUACGGUAAAUUUGACGAGAUCGAAGUUCCGGGCCAAUAUACGGAGGACAAGGAUAGCAACCAGAAUUUCAUCAGAAUCCAGAAGUUCGGUCCCAAAUUCGAGAACUGUCGAUCCCAUGGAUACUGUUUCAGGCGCCUUACCAUCCAUGGAAGUGACAGCUCGAAGACUUCGUUUGCCGUACAAUUGCCUUCAGGCCGGCAUUGUCGCAGAGAGGAAAGAGUUAUGCAGUUGUUCAGGACUUUCAAUGGAACAUUGAGCCGCAAGAAGGAGAGCCGAAAGAGGAACUUGACCUUCCAUCUUCCUGCGGCAGUGUCAUGUGGUACCAAUCUGCGUUUGCUGCAGAAUGAUUCUUCCUACAUCAAUCUUGGUGAUAUAUACGACCAGUAUUGCGAAGAUACCGGUGUCAGCAAAGAGGAUCCAAUAUUGGUAGUUGGAGAGAAGAUUAAGACCGUCUUACGGGAGUUCAAUCACAAUGAGAAACGACUGCCCAGCAAAGCGGAGUACUUCACUCUCAAGAAGGAUGUAUUGGAUGAGGUUGUGCUGAAGCUUGUCCCAGACGACAUCCUUUUCCGGUAUAUGUUGCGGACUAUGGACGGUCCAAGCGAAUUCUGGCGGAUGCGGAAGCAAUUUACCCUACAAAUCGCCGCCACUAGUUUCAUGACGUGGACCUUGUGUCUAACCAGCCGCCUUCCGUCUCGCUUCCAUGUAUCACGCGCCACUGGGCAAAUAGCCAUGAGCGAGCUUCUGCCUGGCGUAGCUGCGAAUCUCCCUCAGUUCGCUACCCCUGAUACCGUGCCUUUCCGGUUCACGCCCAACAUGCAACGCUUCGUCGGACCUAUCAUGACGGAGGGUCUCUUGACGACGAGCAUGAUGGCGAUUGGACGUUGCUUGACGGAGCCCGAGUUCGAUUUGGAACAGCAGUUGUGCUUGUUUGCAAGAGAUGAAGUCAUAACUUGGCUUCAUUUACGCAACAAACCCUGGAAUGCAGCCGACAUCACAUUCCGCAACCACGUUGCUGCUAAUAUCGAUGCCAUAGUCAAAAAGGCCGAAACAAUGGCGUGUAAAGUGGAGAGGGAACAGGCUGUUCAAAAUCCGAGCAACCCCGCCACAGCGCCGGUGGUCCAGACGGUCACAAACCUCAUUUCAUCGGCUACGAAUCCCAUCAAUCUAGCCAAAAUGCAAGAAGUAUAUAGUCCUUGGUUCUAGUCAUGGGGUUUCUGGUGCUCUCGAUUUGCUUUGCGAUGUAUAAUUACUGCUGUAUCAUUAGAUUAUGUAUUGUAUAUUCCGACCCGAAAGUAAACUAAGAGUUUGCAUAAACAGGAUUAGCUAGGGCUGGUGUCACACGCGAUGGACGCCCCUAACAAAACCUUCUGUAUGCUUGAACGUAUUGAUAUGUCCCUCACUGUCCAGCAUCAUCUGCUCAGCCAUCCGGUAGAUGUCAGACCCAGGCCGAUUAUACAUCAUCGCAUUGGCGAAGAUGAGAUAGAUAUCACGUUG